AUGGUCUCUAUGUGGUCCAGAAUUAUGCUGGCUGCCAGCCUUGCAGCUUCAGUUACUGCGCAGACGUAUUCGAGCUGCAAUCCCAUGAAGCAGUCGUGUGAUGCCAACCCCGGUCUUGCUUCUUCAUCUUACUCGGUAGACUUUACCAAGGGCAGCGACGACGACAACUGGGAAGGAACCGGUCACGGAGACGUCAAAUAUACCUCGGAAGGUGCUGAGUUUACGAUCAACAAACAGGGCCAGUCACCUACUAUCCAGACCAAGUGGUACAUGUUCUUUGGUCGUGUUGAGAUCCAUAUGAAAGCAGCCCCUGGGCAAGGCAUUGUUUCGUCUAUUGUCUUGCUGUCUGAUAUUCUUGACGAGGUUGACUGGGAGUUUCUGGGAGGCAGAGAUGCCGAAACCCAGACCAAUUUCUACGCAAAAGGAAGCACGGAUAACACUCAGAGUCUUACAUUCCCGGUCGAGAACACUCAGUCAGAGUUUCACAACUAUACCGUUCAUUGGACCCAAGAGUCAUGUGCGUGGUAUAUCAACGGUGUUUCUGUCCGAACCCUCAACUUUGCCGAGGCUCGAGGAGGGGAGAACUAUCCUCAAACACCCAUGCGUGUAAAGCUUGGAAUCUGGGCGGGAGGAGACGUUGAUGAUAACGCAGAAGGAAGUGAGUACAUACAUGAUGAAGCCAUGGGAACCAAAGCUGACGAUCUUCAAGCGGUUGAAUGGGCUGGCGGCGAGACAGACUUUUCCAAGAUUCCUUUUACCAUGACUGUGCAGAAGGUCAAGGUUGAGAACCUGAACCCUGCUGAGAGUUACUCCUACGGUGACCGAUCUGGAUCUUACAAGAGUAUCGACUUUGACAAGAAGGACAACGGCAGCAAUGACAAGGACGAUGACGAGGAUGAAGACGAGACCGAGUCAACAACUGCUUCUGAAACUGCCUCCAAGACAACUUCCGAGACUGCUGAAUCUGCUACCGAAACUACCUCCGACUCCGACUCCGACGCUACAACUAUGUCUACCGCCAAAGCAAGUGAGACUGGAAGCAGCGACUUCAAGAACAACAAGGCUGCCGAGACAGGCAGUUCCGAAACCGAUGCCACUUCAACAGGAAGCAGUGCUUCUGCGACUGCUGAGAGUGAUGAGAACGGUGCUUCUGGAAACAUGCCCAAGAUGUGGCUGAGUCUUGGUGCUCUUUGCGCUGCCAUGCUUACGAUGUAA